AACAGCACCUGGCCCAGGAAGGCAGCUGAAGGGCUGCUCUGAAGGGCAGCAUGCAACUCGAGAGCGCAGCGUUGUCUACGCUGACUCCCCAGGCACUCCAGCACAGCACCCAUGCAUGCUGGAUAGUGAGGCCCUCACUCCGCAUUCACCCUCACAGCCCGGCUGCCUGCCUCCCAUGCACCGGCAGGGAAGAGCCCUGCCCAAAGGCCCCGGGAGCUCUUCCCACGCAGGAUGUGAUGGGUCAUGGCCAACUUCUGCCCACAGGCUGCACCACCACUCAGGGACAGAGGAGCAGGAUGGAGGCCAGGUUCCUCGACAGGAAUAUGAAGCACCCCCAGGAGGGACAGCAGCUGCACCUGGAGUGCUGGCAUUUCAACAGGGACAGUGGUCUCUCCUGGAUCCGCCUAAACAAGGAUGGGAACCUUCACUUCACCGCUUAUACUUCAACAUUAUCAAAGAGCACCUUCCCAGGAAAUAAGAGAACAUCUCCACAAUUUGAAGUGUCAAAACAAGGCAACUGCUAUCAGCUGGUGGUCAAGUCCUUCAGGGCACAAGACCAGGGGACCUAUUUCUGUGACAGCUAUAUCAACCAGGAGCUGCACUUCAGCUCUGGACAACCCGCCUUCCUCCCAGGUCAGCAACAGCUUCACCCACCUCGCUUACACACACCACCCCUGCCCGUGCCUUUUCGAUCCAUCCCAUUGCCCACACUCCCCAUCUCCCUGCUUCUUUGCACAACGCGUCUCAUCACACACGCACUGCUCCUCCUCAUACAGGCUCCCUGCCCACCAGCUCCGCUCGCGCUACCGGCCCUGCCCAAACACAGAGGUGGUCACAGCCCAGCGGCACCUCCCCAUCCCAUCAGCGCCUCUCAGGGAUGAGAGUAACAAAGUCCACAGCCACCCCCUCCUUCCUCAACUCACGUUAAUCCGGAAUGUCCUGACAGCCUCCAAACAUUUACAGCACCUCAAAAAGAAAGUCCCAGGUGAGGUGCAAGUUGGACUGAGCAAAGAAAAGAU